AUGUCCCAAUUCAAAAGACCAGGUAACUGGCUGUUCAUUGUACCCUGGAUUGCCUUCAUCCCAUGGUACGGUAUGCUGAUAGCCAUGCUUGCUUGUUGGGCUGGCCAAGGCCACCCCAUCUACUGGUUCAUGCACACUGAGCAAUUCCCGGUAUACAUAUCAGAUAUUGGUGCCACCAACCUAAGGCCUCUGUUUAUAUCGUGCGCAGCGUGGCAAGGUCUAGGCUAUGUAAUUACUGUCGCCUGCGAGUUUUUCCAGAGGUCCGGAUACUUACCAUUCCAACUGAAGAAGCAUGACCCAUCUAUUUCUGACUCAACGUCUUAUGCUGAAAAAUUGCAUAGUGGUAAGUUCUUGAUGCCUCCUUACUACACCAAAGAUGAACGAAAUCUGAUCUUCACGGCCUUCGUCUUUGGCUGCAUCGGUGAGUUGGGUCUUUUGUUCUGCUCUAUCUUCUCCACCGCUCACUACCAUCACGUCCACGUCGCCAUGGUCUCUGUCUUUGUCGUUUUCAUGUUCCUGUCUAUUUGCUGUUUGAGUGCAGAAUACUUUCUUAUGGGCAGACAUUACGCCUCAAUCCAUCCUCUAGCCAAUUCCAACCUCAACACGCAAUCCUCUGAAAAAAGCUUCAACCAGAGCUUUAAUAUUGUAGACGACCUACCCUGGUACAAGUGGCAAGGUCACAUUUGGAACAAAUUUACAAUCAGUGCCACCCUAAAAACUAUAUGGUUGGCCUUGGCUGUUGUUUGGGCUAUUUGCUUCGGUGCCAUUAAUGAUAGGUCUAAGAGUGCCUGUUUCGAGUGGCUGUUGGCCUUUUGGUUUGGUGUUAUAUUUAUAAUCCUUUCCGUCGAUUUUUAUAUGGGUGGUAGAUACAGACAAUCUCGCUAUUUUAAGCACGUGGAAUCAUUUUCCGGUUAUUACAAGUACGAUAAGGCGCUAGGCCUUUACCACAGCGAAGAAGUUUUGCCUUCUGAAGACAAUGCUGAUGCCAUUACUACAGAAACGGCUUCUUCAAAUAACCACGAUAACACCGCUUCAAAUGAAUCCCUUCAGGUCGUUGUAUGA